UGCCAGGUACACAACGUCGUUCGAAUGCGCGCGUGCUAUGCACCUAGUACUUGGUACUUAGUAUUUCUGCAGCCUCCUUCCGCUUCGCAGUCUAAUGGUUUUUGCAGCUUACUUCGACAUCCCAUUUCGUUUUCGUUGCCGCGCUUCCUCAUCCGUCAAGCUUUUUGAACGCAGCACCCUCCCUACAGGAGAUCCGACAAUUCACUCCGAGCUCGACCAAGAACUUGAGAGCGUGCAUCAGGUGCAGGACAACGACGAUAGAGACUUCCAGUGGAGAUGCAACGUGUCAGAACAUGUGAUUUGUGACAACGCAGCCUUGGUGAGAUGUCUACGAAGUCACGUCUCAGGAGCCAUAAUUUGAUUGAAUGCAGAGCAACUUAUUUCCACUACCAGAUGUGCAGUCUGUAGCGUAACCAUGGUCGCAUAGACGCUGCCAUGCUGUUUGCGGCUACGAGGGGCGAGCCAUAUUGCGGACGAUUGACGCGUUCAAAACGACAGUGGUCAGUUCCAGGUGUUCUGGACAAUUGCGACAGGCAUGCCGUCUUCGUGAAUGAUACGCCGGGCGUGCUUGCAGAGAUUGCAGCAUGUGCGGGGUGAAUUGGGGUGCAAUUGUGUUCGCCAGCGUUCAAUGCACGACCAGUUUUACUUGUUAUUUUCGUGACCUGCUGGCCGUGCAGGAUAAUAUUGGCAAAGGAGACGCUGCGAAUGAAGGAGUCUGAUGGGCGUGUGCUCGCAUGCACCACGGCGAACUUCACCGGUAUUAUUGCACUGCUGAGGCAAGGGACGUGGGUGUCCCGCUUCAACGGCCUGCAGGGCAGGAGACCAGGCGUGUAUGCUUUGACCGUGCAGGGGGAGAUUCCGAGUCGUAUCCUCAACGAAUCGGACUAUGAGGAGGAAGACACGGCGAUAGCCUCUAAUAUUGAAGAGGAGAAGGCAGCCGCUGCUACUCCAACAAUCAAAGGGACUGUCGAAGGUUCUACGAGUGCGACACCAAGGCUGCCGCCGAAGCUGAAGGCACCUAAGGAGGCGAAACCGAAGAAGACGCCCAAGGAGGUGAAGCCCAAAAAGCCCAAGGAAGUGAAACCCAAAGAGCCCAAGGCGUCGAAGCAAAAGCCAUCAACUCCUGCUGCGACCUCCCCUGAGGACUCCGACACCGACUCCGAGGGCCCUCUGCUGGGCGACGCCGCCAAGUAUUUGGACGACAUCUCCAGCCUGGGCGACUCGGACGAGGAGCCAGCCGACAAGCAGCCCGAGAAGCCCUCCGCCCCGGAGCCUGCGCUUGAGCCGCCCGCGAAGCGGCUCCGGCCCGCGGCCGAGGAUAUAUUGGAGCCGGAGGGCGACACGGAAUUCAGGAGAUGCGCGGCAGCCCGUGGCCGCGGAGUCUCCGCAUGCCUUGCGGGCCUGCUGCUCCUGCUGCGAUGGCUCGGGGCGUCGCUGGAGGCGUUCGCCGGCGGGCGAGGCGCCGGUGCCCCCGCCAGACGUUGCGGCAGCGACCGGCGUGCAGCCCCGGAGCGGGCGGAGGAGGGCAUGCGCGCCUGGAUCGAGUACACGGGGGUCCUCGAGGAGGACGGCCAGAUCUUCGCUUCCACGGACGGACAGGAGCCCCUGAGCUUCAUCCUCGGCGAGGAGGGGUCUUGGGUCGAGGAGGCCACCGUCGGGCUGGCGCCUGGGGAGGCCCGCGACGUCUACCUCGGGGAGGACAGGCCCAUCUUCGGGCCCUGGCGCGAGGACCGGCUCGACAGGGUCGCGCUGGGAGCGCUGCCGCGUGGCGCCAAGAAGGGCUCCAGGCUCCAGCUGCGAGGGUCGGAGUAUGAGCGGGGCUGA